AUGAGAUCAGCCACAAGAUUUUUGUACUACAAAGAUGAGGCGGAUUUUAUAAAGAAGAAAGAGCCGAUUGGGGACAUUGAGUUGAACCAGGUCGUCUUCACUACAUCGGAAUCGAACUGCAAGAUUUUUUAUAUACAUAAUUCUGGGAAGCGAUGGGAGAUAGAGGCGGACAACGAGAAGAGUUGUCAAUGUUGGCUAGAGGCGUUGUCUAGGCGAAAGGGGUUGCCUGGAGCUGAGCAUCAGAUUAUACCCAAUCAUUUUCAUCGGUAUGCUUGGAAGAAGUCGAGGAGUCAUUCAUUGCCGAGCGAAACCGAUUUGGUUAACAAGCGAAACGGUGGGCUGAACGCUGAAGACGCUUGUUCGCCCAGGAAAUAUUCUUGCAACGAAGUUCGCGGCGACGAUUCUGAAGAUUCAACGUUCGCGCUGUCGGUCCUCGAGGAGAAGCUGCGUCGGAUUGGGGCGAUCGGGUGGAACGAUACGUCGAGUGAGGGUGGUAGUGAAUGUACAACUACUGAGGAACCACCGGUGAUCGUUCCCGCGGCCCCAAUCUGGCUUGAUGAAUGGGUUCAUAAAUGGCUUCAACAGCAACCGUCAUUUUUGGCUGAAAACGGACAUCAUGGUCAUAAUGUCUCGCCACCCAACUCGCUGGUGUCGUCCGCGGAAACGUCGCAUUGCCAGAGCAACGACUGCUCGUCGUUUACGAGUGAAUUGGCUGAGCAAGAGGAGCUGAAUAAGCUGAGAAUGAUUGACAAUCGGCAGAAGGAGCGGAUCCAUCAAUUGAGCUGUGAGCGGAAGCUGCUGCAUGAUCAGAUUGAUGACCUCAAUUCUUUGGCGGUGGUUCGGGAUGAACUCGAGCGCUACAAACGUGAAUAUGUGUUUUGUCUGCAGUCUUGUAUUCGGAUCCCCUUGCACGAUAACAAUUCGCUUGAUGUGGUCCAGGUCAAACUCUACGGCGGUGAUGUGCAUCAGAGGCGUAUUACCGAGUUGUUGGCAGCAGCUAGAGUGGAAGAUCCGAGCUUACCGACUUUGCAGAGCAUCGUAAACGGAACCUACGUCGACGCAUACGGAUUUCGCCAUUUCUAUCCAGAUUAUACCCUUGCUCUCCAUUUCGCAGCCACGCAACUUCAUCAAUUCUACAGUGACCGUCUCGAGUCAGCUCAAGAGCACCCGCCUACCAAAAUUCAGAAGGAAUCAAAGCAACUAGUCCGAGCUGGAAUCCCGAGUGGAAUGAGAAGUACUGUCUGGAAGAUUUUGAUCAAUCAGCAGGUCCUUGAUAUGAAAGUCCAGUAUGGAAAGUACUACUACCGUAACCUGUGCAGCUUACAAGGAGGGGAGGCUGAGCGUUUGUUCUGCAACCAGCACCAAAAACAAAUCAAUUUGGACCUGCUGAGAACAAUGCCGAACAAUAUCCAUUUCAUGUCGGCUAAUUGCAAGGGGGUCGCACAACUUCAGCAAGUUCUACGAGCCUUCUGUCUCCAUAAUGGGUCAUUGGGCUAUUGCCAGGGGAUGAACUUCCUCGCUGCAACGGCGUUGCUCUUCGUCGGUCCUGAAGACGCUUUUUGGUUCUUGAUCGCCUUGACUGAAAAAUUCUUCGAUAAGUCAUACUUUGACGACAGUCUGGCUGGAGCCCAAUCGGAUCAGGUUCGAAUUAUUAAAAACAACAACCACGAUCACAUUGAAUUGGUUUAUUGCUCUGUUUUUCGAUGCUGUACCAUUUCAUACGCUUCUUCGUAUUUGGGAUUGUUUUUGCUUGAAGGGCCGAAGGUCCUGUUCCGCUUCAGUGUGGCUCUGCUUGGGAUGAAUGAAGUUGAAAUCCUCCAGAAAAACGAUACUAUUGGCAUUAUGAAGAUCGUCAAGGCGGCUGUGAGGUUGACCUACGAUAUUGAUGGGCUGCUGAUGCAAGCAUUCUGCGACCUGAACCCAUUUCCAUCUCGUGUUCAGCUACUGACAAAGCAGCAAGCUGUCCUGACAUUACUUCAAGAAAAGCUAUCCAAAAGACAACACCGCCGGGAUGCGCUGACCAGCUCGUGUGACUCCGCUUAUGCUUCAUCAACUACCGAACCUAAUGACGUUCCGAUUUCGGACCUUGCAAUGUCAACAUAUUCAGACGGCACCGGUUUCGUCGUUGCUGGCAAUCAACAUAUCGGGUUCAUUGGAAAAUUGGUUUUGGAGCCGAUUUUGAAUAGAAUGCAUCGGAUUGACAUCGAGUUUGAUUGCCGGGUCGUUUCUCUCGUCAUCGUGCAACCGGAAAUGGCGUUUGCCAGUUUAAUCUCUGGAUAUAUCGUUGCACUACAUUUGGAGGGGAAUGAAUGCACUAUUCUGUGGGAGUUGAAACUCUCAGACGUGGCUUUGAAACUGCUACAUGACGGCAACCGAAUUAUUGCUGCACUGGCUAAUGGCACGAUUACCAUUUUGGAGAAUGUGAUCGAAAAAGCUCCGACCAGCCUUGAAAUGCUUCAUCUUCCUAUUGGGUCAGCGCCCAUCAAUGAAGCCGUUAUAUUUGGGGAUCUUCUAUGGCUUGCUGUGGCAUGUCGAAUUGUUAUUCUGAAUCGAGAGUCAUUCUCUCACGUCUCGUCAAUCUACGUCGCAUGUUCAGCUAGUGGAAGUGGUACACCGUUUUUUGAAAAGAUCGUUUGCCUGUGCACUAUCCCCAUUCGCUGUGGACCGAGGGGGAAGGCUUGUGGCUUGCUAUUCGAUAUUUCCUUCGACCAUAGCUAUCGGAAACCAUCUUUGGAUGGAUAUGGCGAAGAGGAGCAAUCGAUCCAUAUUGCGGCAUUGGCAUUUUUGGAUGGGAUUCUUUGGUGGAAGAAGUCGUUGGCGAAUCAAAAUAUCGUGUCCAUCGCUAUCCGGCCGGUCGAAGGAUACAACCGAAAAAUUCGCCAAAUAGCGGAAAAGAUGGACGGAUUGCUCUUUGUUAUAUCCCGACAAGGGAAGAAACACGGCUGGAUGAAGCCGCUGAAGGGUUGGAAAGCCCGAAUAGAGCACCUAGGGAAAGUGUCAGUCCGGAUUGACAAGGAUACGAACAAAUACAGCGUACUUGUCGCGAAGAUGAGAUCAAAAUCUUUCAACAACAAGAGCACACUUCCACAGAGAAAACCGAAGCUCAGCACAAAUAAGCACAUUCAACUGACGAAAGAGAUCAGUCAUGAUUCGGCAGUUUCCGUUUUCUCUCACGAUGAACAUCCAGACAUCAAAAAGGCGGAAUUGGAGCAGCAACGUGUCGAGCGAGAGCGCCGUCUUCGCGUUCUCCGAGCCUCAACUGGCUCUAGCUCAAUCUCAAUGGAUUACGACGACCAAUUUGAACUCUACUCUGAAGACGGCUUUGGAAAACGACUCCGCCGCCUCUCAGUCCCCACCAUUCGAGCCAUCGAAAAUGGUUCAUCAACCAUGGACUUUGUCCGAAAUGACAGCAAUUCGAGCGGGACAUCCCUCGGGAAAGUGACGCGCCUCCGCCGGCGGGACCUAAAUUUUGAUGACCCUCUUGUUGUGGCCAUCCAAGACUUGUGCAUCGACAGCGCCAGUCCGAAGUCUAACGAAGAAGACAAUUCGGAUGCUAUGCUUUCGAGCGUGUCGUUGAACCUAACGAUGAAGCUUAAAAUAUCUGACCGUCCUGUGAGACGCAUGGUACCUUCGAUAUUUGGCGGAAGAGACGUUAUGAUAACCUGUUCCGGAAAUUACGGGGAUGAAGAAGCAUUGCUGAAAUGGUAUAAAGAUCCCGAAAGUGGCCUCUGGAUCAAUGACCCGAUUGUUGAUGCCCAAGCGAAUCGAAGAUAUUCUGUAUUUUUCAUCAACCCC